GGGGCUCGGCGAGGCCCCAUAAAGGCGCCGGUCCGCUCGCCCAUCCGUCCAUCCAACCCCUCCCGGCCAUGCCGCCGCCCGCCCUGCCCUGGCUCCUGGCCGCCUGCUGCCUCUGCGCCCUCCCGCGGGGCUCAGGGUUCCCGCAGCCGUUCUCUCGCUACCGGGACGGUGUGGAGCUGCCCCCAAACCAGCAACUGGCCCUGUGUUUCAGUCAGUGGAUGGAAAUGUCCGAUCAACCCCAGAUCUCCAGCACUGUUUUGGAUCUCUGCUAUUCCAUAUUCAACAGCAUGCAUAAAAAUGAGGAAUCACAGAUUGCUUCUGCAAAGUUUGCAAAGAAGGACAGUCAUGGAACUCUGGGGCGGCCUUUCUUCCUUUUCAGGCCUCGAAAUGGAAGAACUAUUGAAGGCAAUGAGUAUCGUGGAAUGUGAAGUUCAUGGAUUCAUUUACCAGCUCAAUGACUUGGUUUACAUAAAGGAAAGAGACUUCCCAUUGCACUGGUUGUCUAUUUAUGUGACUCAGUUGUCUGGAAUUUGCUGUUCCAUGU